AUGCACUCUCUUCGUGCUUCGACCAUGCGCAGCCAGCCGGGCAGGUACCCUGCAUCAGUGAUAGAUGAAGUGCAAGAGUCGACGGACAGGCGGCUGGUCCACCCAACGUCCGUAUUUGCACCAAACAAUCACCAGCACAGGAAACACCAAGAGCCUUUGCCUCCUAGCCGUCAACCUCCUGCGUCUGAACCAUCCAAGACUGCAACGACGCUGGCGUCUGCUCCAUCCACAUCCUCUCAACAGGCACAAGUCGGCUUUGAGCACCUUUUGCAUUCAUUCUUCACAACCACCACUGCCACCACUGCCACCACUACCACCAACAACGCCCUCCCGCCCGAACGUACACCGCGUGCCGCCCUGGUCCAGCUGCAAAAAACAGCCGGCCGCAUUCUCGAGUUGGAAAAGACACACGCCCACCAAGCGUCUCAAGCCCAAUCGGAUCCGUCAAAGCCCGUGGAGGCCGUUCUUCCGACCGGACAGGACAUUGCAGAGUUUCUGACACACUUUCUCGAAGCCAGCAACUCGAUCCUCCAAAGCAGCUACACCAACUGGCGUAAAUGCGGACGAAAGACCGAGGACACUGGCAGGGCCAAAGAGGACGAGAGUGACAAGGAGACCAAGAAGAGAAAGCGCGAGGACGACGCGGGUGAGGUGCCCUCCACGAACGCAAAGAGGCCAAAAGCCCACGCAGAGACGCAAGUCGACAGCAAAACGAACGAGACCAAACCCCAGCACGGCAAGUCCACGCCCGACGUGAUUGUCAUUGUCGACUCAGACAGCUCCGACGACGAAACAGCCAUCGCCACACGUCCAGAGACAGAGACCGGUUCCGUCCAGCAAGAGCCACAGCCCCAGCCCGCGAUGCCUUCCAGACGUCCCGUGGCCUUUCCCCCGCCGCCGCCACGGAAUCCGCGCUGGGACCACCUGCCCGACGCCAUGAAGCUGAUUCUGGUCAAGGAGAUGACGUCCUGGUACCGCUACCGCGACGCCGUGCUGCUGCUGCGUCUCACCGUGGUCCAAGAGCAAGCCUUCCGCGCACUAUAUGGCGGCGAGCUCAAGAAACAGCAGCAGUUUGACCGGGCCGUCCGCGCGCGGCUCGACGUCCGCGACCGCGAACUCUUUGACAACCGGCCGUACACGUCGUGGGACCAGCCGACACCGUCGCACGCGCGCAGCCUGGCGGAGGAGGCUGUGGGCGCCGGGGUGGUAGCCGGGGUGGACGCGAGCCUGCCCCGUCUCGAGCUGCUGACCGACUACAUUACCGUCCAAAACAUCAAAAUGGGCGAGGCGUACCUGGUGGCGGCGGGGUUCGACCGCGACUGGGUCGACCUGGGCCACUGGACGGGCCACACCGGCACGGCACGCUUUGAGAUUGAGAUGAAGGGUGUCGACGACGGCGACGACGGCGGCGACACCAAGGGCCAUCACCAGCGGUCGUGCGGCGCCGGCAGCCAGGGCACGAGCCGUCUGCAGCGACAGGCACCCGAGUGGCCCGGGCGGACGCGCAGGGCCGAGGUGCAGCAGGCGCGAGCUCGAGCGCAGGCCCACGCCGGGGCGCAAACACAGGCCAACACACUGGCACAGGCCAGCGUACCCUUGUCCUCUCGGCCAUCGACGUACCGUCGACGCAACCGAGCCGGCGCCAACUGCGGCGGCAGCACAAGCACAAGCACGACGCGUGGCGCGCCCAUCGAAGAGCCCGUCGAGCCGAGCGAACGGCCGACACAGAAACGAGGCCGCGGACGGCCAAGAGUGCGCAACAGCGUCGGUCGUCCAGCACGUAAGCAGGCCAAGGCAGACAACGGAACUGCCGCAGAAGACGGCGUCACGGAAGACAGAAACGUCGCGGCCGGCAUGGAAGGUCACCAAACAGCGGCUUUCGUGCCGUUGGAAACGCUACAGGGGGCAAGCACGGAGACGAGUGUGACUGGUUGCCACAACGGCGAAGAAGAUGGGGUGCAUGUGAUGGAAUAG